AUGGUGCGCCUGCGAGAAAUACCGCGCACAGCGACGUUUGCAUGGUCACCGGAUGCGACGUCCUCCUGGAUCGCAACGGGCACCAAAUCAGGUGCUGUGGACGUCGACUUCAGCAAUGAGACCUGCCUUGAGCUGUGGGAUCUCGCCCUAGACAAACCGGAACAAGGCCAUGAGUUGGCCCCGGCAGUUUCGCUGCCUACGGAAUCAGGCUUUCACGACCUUGCCUGGACUGCAGGACAGGAUGGUCGCAAGAGAGGCAUAAUCGCAGGUGCAUUCGACAAUGGCUCCUUGGGCCUCUGGGAUGCAGACAAGGCAAUAUCCGAGCCAGCGGAGGCCCCGAUCUUCAAUAACAAGGUGCACAGCGGCGCCAUCAAGGCUCUACAGUUCAACCCGAAAAUCCCAAACUUUCUCGCUACUGGUGGUGCCAAGGGAGAACUGUUCAUCUCAGACUUGAACCAUGUUGACGCACCCAUACGACUCGGAAGUACCGCAGCCCGAGCAGACGACAUCGAUUGUCUCGAUUGGAACAAGAGAGUCUCGAACAUAUUGGUUACAGGGAGCAGCGGUGGGUUUGUGACAGUAUGGGACAUGAAGACCAGAAAAGAGAGCCUGACGCUCAACAACUUCCAACGGAAACCGGCCAGUGCUAUUGCCUGGGACCCUGAUAAACCUACCCGCCUGAUCACAGCGGUUCCGCUAGAACAAGAUCCUGUCAUUCUGGUCUGGGACCUUAGAAACUCGAAUGCCCCGGAAAAGGUGUUGCGCGGGCACGACUCGGGCGUGCUUUCGGUCUCUUGGUGUCCGCAGGACAACGAACUUCUGCUAUCGUGUGGAAAGGAUAACAGGACGAUACUCUGGAAUCCUCAGACCGGACAAGCCUAUGGUGACUACCCUGUCGUCACCAACUGGACGUUUCAAACGAGGUGGAACCCUCACAACCCGAACCUGUUCGCAACAGCCUCCUUCGAUGGCAAGCUGCAAAUCCAGACGCUGCAGAACACCAACCCGAGUAGCACACAGACCGACGAAAGCCAGGCUGCUAACGAAGAGGACUUCUUUUCCAAGGCUCAAACCCAGCCACAGUCGUCAUCAUUCUCUCUUCCCAGGGCGCCGAAAUGGUUUGAGCGACCCGUCUCCGCAUCUUUUGGCUUCGGUGGGAGGAUCAUCAGUGUUAGACAGGCCGAUCCUGGAAAGUCGCGAGCAUCGAAGAUCAGCAUCAGCAGGUUCGAGGUCGAUUCCGAGGUUGGCAGCGCCACUGAGACGUUCGAGAAAGCCAUCCAGUCAGGAGACCUCACCAGUUUGACUGAACAAAGAAUUGCGGCCGCAAAGACAGAGGAUGAACAGGCCGACUGGAACGUCAUCAAGACACUGGUAUCAGAAAAUCCAAGAGCAGAGUUAGUCAAAUAUCUAGGGUUCGAUGACAGUCCUGAAGACGCCGCCAAUGGUAGCGAGCAGCAGGAGUUAGAACACGAUGAGCAAAAGCCCUCGGUGAACGGUGCCUCCAAAUCACACAAACGAUUCCAGUCCAUCUUUGCCAGCUCGGCCGACGGAGACUUCCUCGCAGAAUUGGCGGCUACUAAGGGUACUCGCACGAACAAUCCUUUCCAGAUCUAUACUGGGUCGGAAUCACCAGCAGACCGCAAGAUUACAAGAGCCUUGAUUUUGGGACACUUCGAGAAGGCUUUGGACGUAUGUUUGGCCGAGAACAGGAUGUCGGAUGCCUUCAUGAUUGCCAUCUGCGGCGGUGAAGGCUGCAUCAAGAAAGCGCAGGAGGCAUACCUCGCCAAGCAGUCCGGCGGAUCCAGCUAUCUGCGUCUGCUUGCUUCAGUCGUUGGCAAGAACCUCUGGGAUACGGUCCACAAUGCUGACCUCGCCAACUGGAAGGAAGUCAUGGCUACGCUGUGCACAUUCGCCGACGAACAAGAGUUUCCGGACCUUUGUGAGGCGCUUGGAGACAGGAUCGAGGAACAAGCCGAUGACCUUGGUUCGGUUACUCGAAAAGACGCCUCGUUCUGCUUCUUGGCUGGUUCCAAGCUGGAGAAAGUGGUCACGAUCUGGAUUGAAGAGCUCAGGGAACAUGAAGAGACCGGUGCUUCCGAAGCAGAUGCAUCCUCGGCAUUUUCACUGCACGCUCGCGGUCUCCAAGACUUCAUCGAAAAGGUCACAAUCUUUAGACGAGUGGUCAACUUCAAGGAUGACGAACUGUCCAAGACUGGAGAGUGGAAGCUAGAGGCUCUUUACAGCAAGUACCUGGAAUAUGCCGAUAUUGUGGCUGGGUCUGGUCAGCUUGAUGUAGCCCAGAGAUACCUUGAUCUGCUACCCACGAGCUAUCCCGGAGCCGACGUUGCCAGAAGUCGCAUCCAGCAAUCAAGAAAGAAAAUAGCCGCUCCAGCUGUCGCUGCGCAGUCCACUGCCACAGCCACGAGGAACAAGCCUCUACCGGCCAUGUCACAGUUUCAGCCUCCCACGACCGCAUUUGCUCACUCAGCUCCUCAGGUGCCUACACCUUAUAAUGCCACUCCAGUACAGUCAAGCAACCCCUACGCACCACCAGCAGCCAGUAAUACACCAGCCAAUCCAUAUGCUCCACCCACCGCUGGAUAUCAACCUCCGGGAUAUCAGCCCCCGCAGCAGAUGAGGAUGACUCCAGGCCCGCCGCCUUCAGCGCCCUACGGCAUUCCACAAGCGAACCCCAUUCCGCCGCCUCCGAGGUUCACGGCAUCUCCGGCCAUUCCUCCUCCUUCUCAAGACAAGAACAUGACUAGCUGGAAUGAUAUUCCGGAAGGCUUCGUAAAGCCCCCUACUUCAAGACGAGGCACUCCCAGCGUCCCUCCGCAGCCUGUUCAUAAUCCUUUCGCUCCAUCACCAGCUCCGAUGGCCUCUCCUCCACCGACCGGUCCUCCCAUAGGGGCAAGAUCGAGAGCAUCACCAGUGCCUCCACCUCCUAAAGGCAUGGCGCCGCCUCCCAGAGUGAUGUCGCCUCUGGCGGGUGGUCAGCCAUCAAUCGAACGACCCUCCUCGUCAGCCGGCAACGCCUAUGCGCCUCCGAAUGUGACAUCUCCACCUGUUGGACACAACAUGGUAUCUCCACCGAUUCCACGUGGUCCCUCUCCGUUUACCGCACCGCCCUCGCAACCUCCUACAGCGCCCAACCGGUAUGCACCUGCGCCAGGAAGUCAACCUGCCUCUGCACCUACUGGUCGUCCCUCCAUCGCCCCACCUCCCCAAGGCUCAUCUUUCCACGCAAGUGGGCCACCCACAAACCCGUAUGCGCCAACUCAACAAGCCCCGUCGACUCGAUCCACGAGCUACGGCCCACCACAGCCCACACAAAACACACCACAGUCGGCUACAGCGCCACCGUUGCCCACGCCACAACAGCAGUUUAUCUCCGGUCCGCCUCCUGCAGGGUCCGGUCAACAAGCACCUCCUUCGCGACCUGACACUGCAGGAUCAAACAAGGCUGCUACUGCUCCACCAGCACGGAAAUAUCCCAAAGGUGACCGGACACAUAUCCCGUCCGCCGCGCAACCCAUCUACACGAUUCUAUCGUCAGAAAUGUCCCGCGUAGAAGCGCGUGCGCCGACCAGCUUCAAGCCCCAAGUAGUCGACACCAAAAAGCGUCUUGACAUCCUCUUUGACCACCUCAACAACGAGGACCUGUUGAAGCCAGACACCGUCGCUCAGCUGGUGGAAUUGAGCCAGGCUCUUGAACGGCGGGAUUUCCCGCGCGCGGCCGAGAUCCAGAUGGACGUGCAUACCAACAAGGUUGAAGAGUGCGGGAACUGGAUGGUCGGAGUCAAGAGGUUGGUCGGGAUGUGUCGAGCGACGCCGUGA